AAGGAGUCUAUUAGUUUAGUCAUUGGUUGGAUACACUGUGUUUCUUCCAAAUUCACCAUCCUUAUAAACAUUACCCAAACCACAACACUCACAAUCCCCACACUGAUCCCCCAUUAAUGGCUUCUUCAUUUCUACUUCUUAUUUCUCUUCUUCUUCUUCUUCUUCUUCUCCUUCCCUUUCACUCCAAUGCCAAUCUUCACAAAACCAGGCUCCGCCGAUCGGAUCUCUUCUCCGAGCCCGACGUCACCACAACCGCCGACCACUCUACUCCACCUACGGUCUUCUUCGAAGUAUCCAAGCCCAUUGUUACGCCCAAGUCUAAACCAUGCUCUCUCCUCCUUCUUCACCACGAUUUUGCCUUCACUUAUGGAAAGCCUCCCGUUCUAGCGGAUUAUACUCCUCCUUCUCAUUGCUCCUUUACUAAAUUUUCCAAGAUUGUGCUUGAAUGGAAGGCGACUUGUCGAGGGAGGCAAUUCGAUCGUAUCUUUGGCGUUUGGCUUGGCGGCGUUGAGAUUCUUCGGAGUUGCACGGCGGAGCCUAGAGCUACGGGGAUUGUUUGGACGGUUCAGAAGGAUAUUACGAGGUAUAGUUCGUUGCUUUCGAAGAAUCAAACUCUGGCUGUUUAUUUGGGAAAUCUUGUUGAUAAGACCUAUACUGGGAUAUACAAUGUUAAGAUUCGUAUUCACUUUUAUCCUGAAGAGGAAGGUUUUGGUGGUAAUGGAGUGUAUUCUCAAAAGUUAGGGUCUGCUUAUGAUUCUGAUUCUAGGGCUGAUUUAAUUUUACCCAUUUCUCGGAAUUUGCCAUUGAAUGAUGGGUUGUGGUUUGAAGUUCAGAAUUCAACUGAUGUUGAGUUCAAAGAAUUUGAAAUACCCCAAAAUGUUUACAGGGCUGUGUUGGAAGUUUAUGUGUCUUUUCAUGAGAAUGAUGAGUUUUGGUAUUCAAACCUUCCAAAUGAUUAUAUUAUUGCAAAUAAUCUUACUGAUACACCUGGAAAUGGGCCUUUUAGGGAGGUCUUAGUUGAUCUCGAUGGUGAGAUUGUUGGUGCUGUUUGGCCUUUUACUGUUAUCUAUACAGGUGGUGUGAAUCCUCUUCUUUGGAGGCCAAUUUCUGGAAUUGGGUCCUUCAAUCUACCCUCUUAUGACAUAGAACUCACACCAUUUUUAGGCAAUUUGUUAGAUGGAAAGGUUCAUAACUUUGGGUUUAGGGUCACCCAUGCCUUAAAUGUUUGGUUCAUCAAUGCAAAUCUCCAUCUUUGGUUGGAUGAUAACUCUGUAAAAACCGAAGCAAAGCUUUUGAAUCAUAUCGUCUCGUCCCCUUCCAUGUCUCAGGAUUUGAACUUUACAGGUCCAGAUGGAACAUUCUUGACAAAGGUAACUAGAUCUGUAUCAUCAACUGGAUGGGUGAAAUCCUCUUUUGGAAUCAUCACUACUCUAUCAAAUCAAGAUCUUAGUUAUAGUAAUUCAAUGACGAUGGGUAAUAAUGGUAGCAGUCAAACUGUGAACCAGGAGAUUCAAUUCAAUACUAGUGUUUAUGCCAAGAAGGAAUCUUCUCAUGUUUAUUCAGUCAAAUCUCUCAAAACUUUUCCUCUUUACAUGUACUCAAACACCAAAGAUGAAGAAAAUGGAAGUUACCAAUCUAUAGCAAACCUGACAUUGGGAUUCAAUGAGAAGAAGACAGAUGGACUUGGAAAAGUUAUCAGCUCUUUAAAGAAUGUUCAAAAUGGGCAGGGGUUAAUAGUUGUGAAAGGUCAUUUGGUGACAAGUGGGUUGGGAAGUACACAGCAAGACUACAGAUAUCACGAUGAUGUACAAUGCUAUUCAAGGAAUAUUAGUAGCUCUAACUACACCAUUCUGCAUGAUAAUGUAAAGAAUACGUGUGGCGAAAAACAAAACUCCCCAGAAAGUUUAAGGUUUAGAAGAUGGCCAAUCCCUGCAAGAAGGGCUUUUCUAGAUUCAAAUUUGUUUGUUAAUAAUGGUCGUGUUUAGAAUGAUCUUGUUAAUGAUUAAGAUGUCACGUCUGAAGACGAGGCUCCGCCAUGCAGCUAAUCCUAAUAAAUAUUCUCUUCUGCUCUCCUCUCUCUA